AUGUCCCACAACUACACCUUGACUGGCUGUCCUGCACCGGAAGUCCUGCCUCGCGACCCAGUACCGUUCUUCCAGAAUGGCAACAUCAACUUCAAGUCGCACGAUGUCGGCUGGAUCUGCUGCGCCUUCUUCACGCUGAUCGCAAGCAGCACCUCAAUCUGGCUCAUCUCGAAGCACUUGGCCUUCUUCUACCACCCGACCGAGCAGCGUCACAUCGUCCGCCUACUCUUUAUGCCCGUCAUUUACGCCGUCUGUUCGUUCCUCAGCUACUUCUUCUACCGCCAAGCUCUGUACUUCCAGCUCGUCCGCGACUGCUACGAAGCCCUCGUAAUCGCCUCAUUCUUCUUCCUCCUCCUCUCGUACCUCUCGAACCCGCCUCCCUCGCCCGAGACGCCUAUCCCCAAGCCGUACGCAACGAAGCGGGAGCGGGAUGCGAGGUUGAGGGCAUCGGUCAGGGACUUGCACCUCAAUAAGUGGAUGUGGCCGCUCGGGAGGUGGAAGUGGAGACCUGCGGGCGGUGGACCAGGAGAAGGAGAGGCUUUUCUCUGGUGGAUGCGCGUCUGCAUCGGCCAGUAUGUCCUCGUUCGGCCGCUGUCAACUCUCGCAUCCGUCAUCGGCGAAGCGACAGGCUACUACUGCCUCGCGUCUUGGUCGCCCAAGUUCGUGCACAUCUGGUCAUCGGCGGCGAUCUCCGUCCCUGUCACAGUCGCCAUGUACUGCGUCCUCCAGCUGUACAUGCCGCUGAAGGAACAGCUCAAGCCAUACUCACCUGUUCUCAAGUUCCUCUGCGUCAAAUCGGUCGUCUUCCUCACGUUCUGGCAAGAGUCGGACGACUUCCUCGUCACCGUCGGAGUGAUCAAGAAUCGACAAUACUGGUCAGCCGACGAGAUCGUAAUCGGUCUUGCCGCCCUCCUCUCGUGCUUCGAGAUGGUCCUCUUCGCCUUCCUUCACGUCCGCGCCUUCACCUACCUGCCAUAUCGCGCGCUUGCUGCCCCUCUGAACGGUGUGCAAGACCCGGAGAAGGCCGCAGUGUGGGACCCGCUCGCCGGCAGCGACGCUCCCUCGCCUCUCAAACGCCCCAAGCAUCCCUACGACUCCACCCACCCUCCCCCUCGCCGUCCAGACGGCUCACCAAUGCUCCAACAGACCCGUCGCUGGCCCGCCCUUCUGCGCGUACUCGACUUGCGCGACUUGUUUGUCGAAAUUAAGGAGGAAACGAGGUUUGUCGUUCGCGGUGGAGAGGUGGGUGAGGAGGCGUUGAUGAGGCGGAAGCGAGAGGAAGCGCGGAAGGCGGUGACGGAUGCCGAGAGGCCGGUCCUGGAGAAGGCAGAAGAGGAAGAGCGGUAUAGCUGGGAGGAGGAGGAGGCCAUUGGUCGCGACGAGGCCGACUUGCGACAUGGCGACCUCGCUUACAUGCCGCUCACCUAUGGUAGUAAUGUACAGACGGCAGCGUCAUCGGCAAAGCCCGCUCGCGGUCGACCUGAGGCAAAUCGUCCACCCUCGCAACCUUGGAAAGACUCUCUCCGGCACCUCCGCUCGAAUCCUCGCCUUGUCCCUUCCUUCCUACGACCUUCAGAGCCCGACGAGGAGAUGAGGGCGACACAGUACCGACCGUAUGAGCCGGCGUUCGUCCCGUUCCUACCGCCGAGCGACUCGGUCCUCCUUCCACCGCCUCACCGCCUGCAGACGCCUCAGCUUCGCCCGCCAGCUAGUGCGCCAUAUCUUGCGGUUCCACCCCCGGCUCAACAGGUCACACCGCCGGUAGCUGUUACAGCACGACGAGAACCUUCGUCAACUCCGUCGUUCGCCGCCUCUUCCGAUUCGUACGGCCAUCUUCCGCACACGACGCUUCGUCCGACCUCUUACAUACCCGCAAGAAGGCUCGAGACAGCGCCGUCCCCACCGCCUUUCACAGCUGCGUCGCAACAGCCGUCAGUCGCUCGUCAAGAUUUGCCGUUCUCUGCGCUUUCUGCAGACCUGGUCCCUCCGGUCCUCUCGAUGGCCUCGGAAGCGUCGAAGCGCUCUCAGGGUCUCCCACCGGGCGCAGCUGCACCCUCUCGCUAG